AUGAGAAGAGGUCGAAGGCCUGCGCUGCUGUCCGGCGUGGCCAGGCACCCAGCCGGCGGUGCUGCCAGCGGGCGCCGGAGCAUCAUAGCUGGCCCUGAUAAUGCCCUGGGCCGACAUGGCCCACCCGCCACCGAACCAACAGCUCUCGUCUCAUCGUUGCUUUUUCCUCCAACGCAUCACGCUCUCUUCUACCUUUUUUUUUUUUUUUUUUUUUUUUUUUUUUUCCUUUUAGAUCCCGCAGCAGUCGAAGCAUGUUCCUCGACCGGAGUCGCAUGUACCUUGGCUUGUCCCACCCGAAGCUUGCGCUGUCCUGAUGCUAACUAUGGCCGCCGGCAGCUGGUUGCCCCUCCUGGCUUGUCGGGCCUCGCCCCGACGGCCGGGUCGUAUGUAUCAGGCCAGCACUACAAAGGUCAGCCGGUCACCAGCACAUUCGCGCUCUUCUUUCUCCUCCUCCUCCUCCUCCUCCUCCUCCAGGCACACCAGUCUUCUUCUCUGUACUAUAUUCUUACUCCUGAGCAGUUGUAUCUGUCGUUUUACUCUGUGAGAACCCCGUCUGAUUGUCAGAUAGCACCCGUCAGAUUGCGCAAACAGCCAGACAACUCGUCCAUAGGCAGAGCGUCCUACAGCAAGAGGGAAAGCCAUACCGCCAUCACAAUGCAGACUAAACACUUCUUCUCGGACCCAACUCACCUGGUCAAUUCGGCCCUUCACUCCCUCACCCUCACCAACCCUUCCCUGGCCUUCGACAGGCAGAACAAGAUCAUUUACCGUCGACCAUGCAAGGAUACCGAGUCCAAGGUGUCCAUCAUUUCUGGUGGUGGCUCCGGACACGAACCUGCCUUUGCCGGCUUUGUAGGCAAGGGGAUGCUAACGGCGUCGGUGGCCGGCACCAUCUUUGCUUCUCCGUCUGCCGAGCAGGUCAGGAGGGCCCUGCUACAACGAGUUGACGGCUCCAAGGGCGUCCUUGUCAUUGUCAUGAACUAUACGGGUGACGUCAUGAAUUUUGGACUUGCUGCUGAAAAGGGCAACGCAGCGGGCAUCAAGACCGAAUUCUUCGCUAUCAGUGAUGACGUCGGUGUUGGUCGUGAGAAGGGCGGAAAGGUUGGCAGAAGAGGAAUUGGUGGUGGUGUCAUGGUUCUGAAGAUCGUCGGUGCUCUUGCUGAGACAGGUGCAUCUCUGGAAGAGGUUUAUGCUACAGCUCAACUUGCCAAUAACAACCUUGUCUCCGUUGGCUCUUCUCUGGAACAUGUCCAUGUCCCAGGCCGAGACAUGCCGGACCCGAAUUCAGACGACCUGGUGCCCCACGGUGAGGUAGAGGUCGGUAUGGGCAUUCAUAACGAGCCUGGCUCCCACCGUAUGAAGGUCACUGCAGAAGAAAUGAUACAGACCAUGCUCAAGCAGAUGCUUGACCAAAAUGAUAAGGAGCGAGCCUUCCUCAAGUACAGCUCCUCGGACAGGUUUGUCCUUCUCAUCAACAACCUAGGAGGCGUGAGCACACUAGAGUUGUCUGCCCUUACCGCUGAAGUAGUCCUUCAGUUAGAAAGAGAUUACAAAAUUAAGCCUGUGAGGACGAUCCAGGGCACGUUCUUGACCAGUCUCAAUGGCAUGGGUUUUAGUAUCUCUCUCCUCCGUCUUGCGGACACCGGACUGGGUGCAGGCAAAUCGUUUCUCGAACUACUAGAUGCUCCCUCGGAGGCAGUUGGCUGGGCUGCCCCAAUCCAAACCUCCACUUGGGACAAUCAGACAUCCGCCUCCUUCGAGUCAGCAAGCAGCCCCCGUGCCGUCGAAAAGCCCUCAAACCUCACCCUUGAUCCUGCCAUCCUCAAAAAGGUUCUUUCCUCGGGACUUGACCGAGUUAUUAAGGCGGAACCCCUUGUCACCCGCUAUGACACUAUAGUCGGAGACGGUGACUGUGGAAUUGGGCUCCAGCGCGGUGCAGAAGCCAUUCUCAAAGAAAUCAAUGACUCCUCCACGCCCCUCACUCCCGACGUUCUUGCGACCUUGCAUCGCAUUAUUGACGUCGUCGAAAACACCAUGGACGGCACCAGCGGUGCCAUCUACGCCAUAUUCCUUAAUGCGCUUGCCCACGGCCUCCGUGCACAAGACAAGUCUACCCCGAUGUCAGUAACAUCAACCAUAUGGGCUAAUGCGCUCCAGCACUCCCUCAAAGCCUUGGCCAAAUACACGCCUGCCCAACCUGGUGACCGAACACUUAUGGACGCAUUGUCACCUUUCAUCAACACCUUGAUUGAAACUGAAGAUAUCCGAAAAGCCGCUGAGGCAGCGAGCCAGGGCGCUGAGGCUACCAAGAUGAUGAAAGCCAGCCUUGGAAGGGCUGUGUACGUUGGUGGUGAGGACGAGUGGGUUGGCAAGAUCCCUGACCCUGGUGCGUAUGGUCUCAGUGAGUUCCUGAACGGUAUAGCUGAGGGUAUAUGA